CGUUGCCUUCAAUGCUCCGAGUCGCGUUUAAUGGUUGCGUAUCGGCACAACUUUCUGAUUGAAUUACAAGCUAUCCUACUGCCCCAAGCAAACCUUGUCUGUCCAGCGGAAGGCGAAUGGAGACGCCUAUAUAAUGCGAACGAGCUACAAGCACAGAUGGCUAGUCGUUUGUGAGUGCAACAGAUGACUGUACUACAACGCGGAGUUCGCGCGUUCUAAAUAUCCCUGCCUACUUACAACAGGUGUGUGUGUGUGUGUUUGUGACUACCUGUCAUUUGGGAAAGUAUGUCUCUGGAAGAUGAAGGCGCUGGAAAGCUUAACAUCAUCAAAGGACACUUUUUACAUCCAACUUUGAUUGCAAAAACGAACUGCGAAUUAGAAGUGUUGUCCAAGUCGGCUCCGAAUGAUGGACGGUCCUACUGCAAUGCAACGUUUGAUGGGUGGGGCUGCUGGAACCACACACUUGCGGGGGAGACAGCCUUCAUUACCUGCCCCGCCUUCAUCACCUUUAACCCAAAUGCGACUGCCUUCAGGGAAUGCGGAGAUAACGGUACAUGGAAGGACCAUCCGUUGUCUGGUCGACCGUGGAGCAACUACACAGCAUGCCGGCAGAGAACGACCAAACAGCUGCUACAACUUGACUCAUCGGACGACGAUCGCCGUUUCAUCUAUAUCUUCAUUGGUGGAUUUGCUUUUUCCAUCGUGAUGCUUUUCAUCUCUUUGAUAAUCUUCUUUUCAUUCAGACAGCUGAGAUGUGAACGCAUUACCAUCCACAAGAACAUGUUCAUCUCUUACCUGUUGACGGGGAUAGCGUGGAUCUUGUACUACACCCUGGUCACCCUGGACGGAACUGUGCUUGUGGAAAACCCGGCUUGGUGUAAAGUGUUACAUGUCACUGCUCAGUACUGUACCGUGUCCAACUUUGCCUGGAUGUUCUGUGAAGGACUGUACCUCCACACUAUAAUGGUGCAAGCCUUCAGGACCGGAAAAGCUCUGAUGGUCGUCAUUCUCAUUAUCGGAUGGGGUAUACCUGCUCUAUUAACCAUAAUCUACACUGCAGUAAAGGCAACUCGGGGACAUUAUAAUGACAGCUGCUGGGUAUUUCCCGACUCUUACCAGUGGAUUCUCUACGGUCCUGUAAUAUUCUCAGUGCUCGUCAACAUCUGUAUCCUGAUCAACAUCAUCCGUUUGCUUGUCACAAAGCUACGACAAAUUCCAGAAGCGUCACAAAGCAAAAAGGCGGCUCGGGCCACGUUGAUCCUGGUUCCACUGUUUGGCCUUCAGUAUCUGGUAUUCCCAGUCCGCCCUGACAAGGACUCUCCACUCUACGAGUUCUACCAUUACUUCAUUGCGCUACUGACGUCACUGCAGGGAGCCCUAGUCUCGAUCAUGUAUUGCUUUUGUAACGGAGAAGUGACGUCAAUAGUCCGCCGGAAGUGGCACCAACAUCGACUAAUGACUGGGCAUGUCCGGAAGAACACGACCUCUGCCACCAUGUAUACAGAAGCCUACUCUGUCAUGCAGUCCUCCAACAAAGAUCUUUCGGGACAAAAGUCAAAGGUCGCUUCCGAUUUUCACAGUAAGGCGUUGGAUUCUGUCCAAAUGAAGCCUUUGAAGAUAGAGACAGCAUCUACAACCACCCUAACGUGAUAACGUCAACACCGACGUUCAGAGGUUAAUGCUUGCCCCUCGGGAGAUGCAGUGGUUUGACACCGACUAAGCCAAAGAAGGCGUCUUCGAUUGGAAAGUCUCACUCACAUUCCUGUGCACUUGGUCCAACUCGCGCCUGUUGUCGUGGCAUGUUCGUUUGGGAAUGCAAAACACUGUUACCGUGAUUCCACACACCAUCGGUAAAUACAGAGCACGCU